AUGGCUUCAGUGAUGAGAUUUAUUUCAUUAGCUGGUCGAAGAUCAUGGUUGUAUUAUAACAAGGUAGAGCAAUUAACCGAUGAGAGUAUCUUACGUACUAAUAAAGAACAAGCGUUUUGGAAGCUUGGUAAGCUAAAUCAUCUCGCUAUAGCCGUUCCAGAUUUAGAGAAAGCAACGGCAUUUUAUCGUGAUGUUCUUGGAGCAAGUGUUAGCGAGCAAUUGCCUCUCCCUGAACAUGGAGUCACGACAGUAUUUAUAGAUCUUGGCAAUACCAAAAUUGAACUAUUGCAUCCUCUGGGAGAGCAAAGUCCCAUCGAAGGUUUCCUAGCUAAAAAACCAGAAGGUGGCAUGCAUCAUAUUUGUAUAGAGGUUGAUGAUAUUAAAGCUGCAAUGAAAGAUCUAGUUUCCAAUAAAAUUAGAACCCUCUCAAAAGAACCUCGAAUUGGAGCUCAUAAUAAGCCGGUCAUGUUUUUACAUCCUAAAGACUGUGGCGGAGUUUUAGUAGAAUUAGAGGAAGCGUAA